CGAAGGCAGAACAGCCCGAUGGAGCCCGCGGGAGAGGGACGGCACGGCGGGGCCCGGGAGGAGGAAGAGGAGGGGGAGGAAGAGCGUGAGCGAGGGGGCGCCGCGUCCUCCGGCGACUCCGAACCCGAACCCGAGACCCCGGCCUCCAGGGCCAGGAGGGUGUCCUUCGCCGACGCCUUCGGCCUGGACCUGGUGUCGGUCAAAGAGUUCAGCAGCAGGGCGGUAUCCGCGGCGUCUGUUGCCGCCGACGACGAUGACGACGCGGCCGCCGCCGCAGAGCCGAGCGGGCCCGACCCGGAGGAGUACUUCCUGUGCUCGCAGUUCUCCGUGCCGGCCUCGGCCGCCGAGCUCCUGGCCAAGCUGCAGGCGCAGCGCUGCGAGCUGGAGUGCGUGGAGCUGUUGCCCGGGACGACCACCCUGCGGGGCACGGUGCGGGUCCUGAACCUGAGCUACGACAAGAGGGUGCGCGUCCGCACCACCCUGGACGGCUGGGGCACCCACUUCGACCUGCCCGCCAGCUUCAUCCCCGGGUCCAGCGACGGCGAGACCGACCGCUUCGCCUUCAGCCUGGAGCUCUCGCCCCCCGUCCCGCCGGAAGGGGUGCGGGUGGAGUUCUGCCUCAGAUACGAGACGCCCCUCGGAACGUUCUGGGCGAACAACAGCGGGAUGAAUUACGUGCUGCUCUGUCAGCAGCGGGGGUGCAGAGAUGGGAAGGGGAGGCAGUGUGAGGACACCAGCUUCAGGAGCAAGAGGAGCUGUCUGAAGUACAACAGUAAAGAAAAGUCCACAGAAGCAAACACGCCAGUGAUUUCUGCUGAAGCUACAGACGUGCCUCUCAGUAAACAGGAAGUGGAGGUCAGCAAGAAGACAGAAGAGCCUGCACCAAACCCGGAUGGGCUUCAGGAUGACAGCUGUCAGAAACCUUCGGUGGAGAGUGGGCGGAACCCGUCGAGGAGAAGCAGACGCAGGGCGGCACGUCGGGCGCGGUUACAAGAGCGCAGCCACCGCGCAGCCGCGGCAGGGCGCGAGGGGUCCCCCGCUCAGGACAACAGGGACACGGACGGACAGGCGGACGCGGACGCAGGGCGCUUGCCGUCAGAGGUCUCCGCACUUCCACACGAGGGAGCCUGUAUGAUGUGGGACUGGAGCCAGAGAAGGAGGGCGAAGGCGCACGAUGAGUUUCCCCCACAGGCGGGGACAGAGGGGCCGCUGCCGCCCCUCAGAUUUGCGGCUGACGCUGGAGCGGCUCUGGCCGGGCCUGGUGAGGACACCCACAGCCUCAGCGGCCCAUCUUCAGACGUGGGAACACGCGGCGCCACAGACACGUUUGGGAGCGUUGAGGAUGGACGGGCAAGUGCGUACGCCACAGCAAGAGAGGAGGGAGCCCCUCAGGGUGCAUUCUGGGAUUUUGGAGCCCCUCAGGGUGCAUUCUGGGAUUCUCCAGCCCUCCAGGGAACUCUAUGGGAUUCAGACACCCCCCAGGGAACACUUAUGGAUUUGACAGCCCCUCAGGGUGCAUUCUGGGAUUCUCCAGCCCUCCAGGGAACUCUAUGGGAUUCAGACACCCCCCAGGGAUCUCCAGGGGGCUCAGAUACCCCCCAGGGUGCAACCUGGGAUUUGGAUGCUCUACAGGAAUCGGCAGUCUCUCUAUCAGACGUGGCCAGUGGGCCUGAGAGCAGAGGGAGCCCCCAAACGGGGGAGGGGGACGCGAGCACACAGACAAAGGCUGCUGCUGACAUCAGCGCCAGCGUGCGGGACAGUCUGGACGAUGACAUCACCGGCGGGAAGGAUGGGGAUCAACGGCACAGCCACCCGCUCAGCGGAGACGGGGGCGGAACAGACGCCCUCCGGGAUUCAGACCUCCACUGGCCCCAGAGCGACAGGGGCGGCGGAAAAUUUAAAUUUGAGACCUUUGUGGCCCCGCUGUAUCACCAGGCCUUCCACGGGACCAGGCCGGACAGCCGGGACGUUAGCAGAGGACUGUGGGCAGGGGGCCCGGCGUCUGAUGACUCGGACGACGAGGGCCAGACGGGCGGCGCAGACAGCUGCAGCCGCUUGACCGUCAUGGCAACCGCUCGGCCUCUCUUUCCCUUCGGCACUUACGCCCCGCCCAUUCGCCCGCUCGGACGUUCGGGCGAGAUUUUAGAGUCAGCCCCGGACAAAUCGCUGAGCACGGAUACACGUGCGCCCAAGCAAGAGCAGCUGGUUUAUGGCCAAGAAGACGCCGCACAGCCUCUCCUGGAAACCAGCGGUGCUGGAGCGGAGAUUACAGCACACAGCAGAGUUCACCGAGCAGCUGAAGGUGGAGCAGAGGCCGUUUCCGGUGACAAUGUUCCCCAUGCAGCUGAAAUUGGCAUACAGGACGAGGAAUGUAGAGAGCACUCAUUCACAGACAAAGCUGUAGAGGGGGUUCAUAUCUUAGAGGAGGUUGGAACAAAAAUUGAUGCAACGGCUAUGAUAGCAACACUAGCGCUUUCAAACACCAAUGCUACAGAGGGACCUCCGGGAGGAGGCCGCAGUGGAUUUACUCUCCUCCCUGUUUCAGCACGUACCGAGACUGAGGACAAACAAUAUGAACUUGGGGGAGGUCAUGUGACCUCUACAGAUGGUUUUGGUGAGGUGGGGGGAAGUUUCUCUGAGGGAGAGGGACAGGUGGUCAGAGAAAAGCAAACAAAAAAGGAAGAGGAGUCGAGAAGAAACGAAGGAGAUCGUGACAAAAUGGCUGAAAUUUCCGUGGGGAGUGAAAAGGAGAUAGCUGAUUUUACUGGUGGAGGCACAGAAGGAAUGUGGAUGGAGAACGAAGUAAGUCUGGAUGAAAGCCAGAUGGUGUCAGCAGAAAAAGAAGAAGAGUUCAGUAAAGCAGAGGCAGUAUUGGUGGAAAAUGACCGUCCUUGUGGUGAAUACCUCAUUAAAAAUGAAGAUCUCGAUGAUGAGGUUUCAGAAGAAGAUGCAGAACCUAUCAAAGAUGUGUUGGUGGAAACUAAAAAUAUUGAUGAUGAGGUGUUGAUGGAUGAUGAAGAACCUGAUAAAAACAUAUCUGUUGAAAAUAAAGAUGUAUCAGUGGAAACUGAAGAUGUUGAUGAUGAGGUGUUUGUGGAAGAUGAAGAGCUUGAGAAAAACAUAUUGGUAGAAAAUAAAAAUCUUUAUAGUGACAAUCUAAAAGAAAAUGAAGAUCUUGACAAUGAAGAAUUGUCAGUGGAAGAUGCAGAACUUGUUAAAAAUGUAUCAGCGGAGCAUGAAGAUCUUGACAAUGAAGAAUUGUCAGUGGAAGAUGCAGAACUUGUUAAAAAUGUAUCAGCGGAGCAUGCAGAUGUUGAAAAUGAUGAGGGGUCAGUGGAAGAUGAAGACCUAUCUGGUGACAAUCUAAACAAAAAUCUUGACAAUGAAGAAUUGUCAGUGGAAGAUGCAGAGCUUGUUAAAGAUGUAUCAGUGGAACAAGAUAUUGAUAAUGAUGAGAGGUCAGUGGAAGAUGCAGAGCUUGUUAAAGAUAUAUCAGUGGAACAAGAUAUUGAUAAUGAUGAGAGGUCAGUGGAAGAUGCAGAGCUUGUUAAAGAUAUAUCAGUGGAACAAGAUAUUGAUAAUGAUGAGAGGUCAGUGGAAGAGGAAACAGAUAAAUACGCAUCAGUGACUGAUGUAGAACUUGACAGAGAUCAGAGGUCAGUGGAAAACAAAGAUCUUUAUGGUGAAAACCUAACUGAAAGUGAAGGUGUUAACGAUGACAGGUUCUCAGUGGAAAAUAAAGAUCCUGACAGUAAGGUGUCUCUGAAAGAUGAAGAUCUUGAUGAAGAAGCACUAUCAAUGGAAAAUGGAGACGGUAUCCGUGAGGCAGGAGAAGGGGCCGCAGCAAGUAAAGAUCUGUAUGAGGUGAAAUCAGAGUCAUCAGCAGGAAAGAAAGAUGAUCUUUAUGGUCAAGGGGAAGUGUUUUUUAUAGAAAGGAAAGAUGAGCGCCAUGGCAGAGAAAAUGAAAGAGAAGAUCUUGAUGAAGAAGUGGGGGUGGUCUUCAGGGGACUGGGGCUUGAUCCAUGUAAGGACCUAAAAGCAGAAGCACUCGGAGAUGAAGACGUUCCUCUCCAUACGGACAGAGCCGCGGCUGGUGGAGAGACUGAGGGGGACGUGGAGGAAGCGGGGGAGGUAUUUAAGGAAGAAGGGAAGCGAUCCGUGGACGGGGAGGAUCCCGAUCAGGAGGCGGAGGAGGACAACGUCUCCACAGACUCCCUGACGGACGAGGAGAUGGAGCUGCACAUGCGGAGCGUGAAAUCUGCUAUCGGGCCGCCGCUGGGCCGCGCGGCGCUCGGGAGCAGCGGGGCCACGCCCGGCGGCGGCGCUGGCGGUAAGAGGCCGUCGGUGAGCAGGGCGAGGGUGCGGCCCACUGCGCUGUCGCCCAUCAGCGAGUCCCCGAAUGAGGACGGGGACGCCGCAGAGGAGCCGGGCCUCCCCCCGGCGGAAACGGCGGGAGAUGGCGGCGCCGAGGCGGUGGAAAACGCGGCCGGGUCGUACCUGUCCUCCUGGGCGGACGCGUUCUGGGCCAGCCACCUGGGGAGGACCUUCCUGUACGUCCUUCUGUGCGCGCUCUUCUUCUUCACGGCUUACCACUACGACUUCCUGGCCUGCUUCGCGCUUUACCUGUUCUCCGUGUUCUGGCUCUGCUUCCACGGGGACAAGCAGCGCUUGCAGGAGGCCAACAGAGGGAAAUAGAAGCCGGGCCAGUGUCGUUCGGCGGUUUUUGCGGACUGUUCCGAUUGGCCCACAGCCAAGAGGCUGAAUCUGAGAUGUGAACACCUUACUGAUGCGAGCUCCGAACUCACAUUGUGGGCCGUGUGGCUUCCGUCAACUGGUCUGUCAAUCAACGUGAUUAUGCACCUUAUUUACAUUUAAACCUGUAUAAAUCAGGGAAAUGACCAAAACAGAAGGAUCAGCACAAUCAACGUAAGCAAAUAGAAAAAAAAGAAAAAAUUUUACAAGUCCAUGCAUGAACAUUGUGCAAGAACCUCUGUUCUAUGAAAAAAAAAAACACUUGAGUGAAAAGGUGGAGAUGAAUUUCUGAUGAUCACAUAACCCAUGUGAAAAAAUAGUAUGUUGAAGUAAACCUGAAGUAUACUAUUUCAUACGUAAAAAUACUUUAAGCAUAAUUCAAGUUGAUAUCAAUUAUGCCAUGCAUACCAUUUUUUCACAUGGCAUGCUAUGUGCUGAAAGCUGAAAGAGGUUCACAGUUCAGAAUCUGAAGGGCAUCUUUACAUGAUUGCUGUAUUUUUGCAGUGCGGUGCUUGCCUAGGCCUUCUGUGGCCCGUCAUCUUGAGUAGUUUUGUUGUUUCAUUUGUGCAAUCGCAUCUCUGUGAACGGAGUUGCUUAUGUGAGUGGCAAUGUAAACUGUUUUUGUUGGCUGUCGGUAGGGAAUGCAGUUGUUUUCCGACGAGCAUAAUCGCAUCUUUUUUUUUUUUAAAGAUUCUACUCUUUCAACACGUUCAGGUUGGCCAUGGACAGAGAUGUCGGGAAUUAUUACAUACCUCUGCGAUCCUCAAACUGCACUCCAAAUUUGUGUCAUCCUACAGCCUUAUCUGCAUGCUGAAAAGCCGCUUAAUUGUCUUGUGAAUAAAAAAAAUGUACAAUUAAAAAAAAAAAAAAUCCAGUGACACUGCACCAGUCACCGCGAUGAUUCUUUCUUUUUUCUUUCUUUUUUCCCCGACAGGCUUUUUUAAUUGUGUGGCAUCCGUAUGCAAAUGAGGCUGCCCACUUAUGCAAAUUUGUGAGCUGAGAGCCACCAGCUUAGCUCGUGAAGCUGAGGUGAUGAUGUCACUAAACUGCGCUGUCACCAUCAAGUACCAGAAUUGCUGUUGUUGUUGAAAUGUUUAAUUUCCGUCUUGCACGAGAGGGAAAUCAAUUCACUGCAAUAGAAACCAUAGAGUACAACAUCACAGCAUCACCCUGAUGGGAGAGGCCAUCUCUGUCAUGUUCUAAGGACCACUGAGUGAAUGGAUAGUGGAUGACUGAAUGAUGUUUUUUUCUUCUUAUUAUUGUACUGUACAUCUGCAUGAGUAUCAAAAUGAUCAGAAUAAUAUAGUUUGUACCAGUGCUUUAUAGAAUUGAUUCAGUUAUAAUCCUUAAACUAGCUUUUCCUCAGAAAUAAAUUUCAUGUUAAUAGUACUAAAUAAAUCCAUUGCUGAAAUCUU